ACAGGUAGCCUCUCAUCAUGGCGCCAUCAAGUAGCAGCGCGCCUUCGCUGCUUCUGCUGCCCGCGCCGCCGCUCCCCCUUGAUCCUCACUCGCUGGCCGCUGCCUAUCGACCGCCUCUCACGGCCGUCUUCAAGCGCCUCACCGCGGGCAUCAACAUCAACGGCAGCGGCAGCAGCAGCAACAGCGACGGCGACCACAGUCACAGCGGCCACGUCCUCGUCAUUGCCAUCACAUGUCCUCUCCUCACCGGUCUCUCACCGAGGCACAAAUCCCUCAACUGGAAGGCCGCCCAGUCUCUCCUCGCCCGCGUCUACACACUCGCAGCGGUCAUCUGCGACGAGCUGGACAUUGACACAUCAGGAGAGCUGGGCGCUCACAGCCUCGAUCCCCGCAUUGUCUUGGUCGACCACGAGCGCCACAGGACGUAUCAGCGCAACCAUGACGGGGAGUACGAGGCAAACUGCACGCCCGUCCUGGAUCUUGCUGCCUUUGCCUCGACGGUGCACCCCUGGAGGACCGUCUUCCACCCAAGCACCGAGGCCGGCUACGAGCUACUGAGCGCCUUCUUGCAAUAUUCAGAGGGGAAACAGAUUCUCUUACAGAAUCAACUGGUAGCCGUGGAAGGCGGCAUCGCCAUGUCCACCAGCAACACGCCCCCCGUCGUUCAGGAGGAUUUCGUCCAGGGCCGUGACGUUGUCUGUCUAGGGGGCACAUUCGACCACCUUCACCCGGGACACAAGCUUCUCCUCCACGCCACCGCACUACUCUUGCGCAUUCCGGAGAAGGAUGCCGGCACGCAAGGCGUCCUCAUCGUCGGUAUUUCGGGGGACGAGCUGUUGAGGAACAAAAAGUACGCAGAGGUGCUACAGCCGUGGGGUGUGCGCGCCGCCAAGGUCCUGCAGUUUCUCUCCACCAUCUUCAACUCGGCCUCCUCUUCCAACACGGGCUCCUCCCCGCCCACGUCCACCUAUUCUCCUGACGAGCUUCAUGCUACAUUCCGCGACGGCACGGUGCUGGUCCGGUGCGUCAACAUCCACGACCCCUUUGGCCCGACAAUCUCCGAGGAGGCUGUGGAUGCCAUUGUGGUGUCUGGGGAGACGCGCAGCGGCGGCGAGGCCAUCAACGACAAGAGAGUCGAAAGAGGGUGGAAGCCACUGGACGUGUUUGAGAUUGAUGUGCUCGACUCGCACGAGGCCGGCGAGGACGGCGGCGGAGCGCAGAUCAAUGGGUUUGCCUCGAAGAUUAGCAGCACCGCAAUCCGGCAGCGGAUCGUUCAAGGCCGAGGGCCAGAUCCAGUCGCCGUGCCAUCGCAGUAG